CUUUGAUCCCAGAUGAGCUGGCAACAUCAUCUCCUUCCUCUGAUUCGCCUCUACGACCUCCCUCGGUGAGGAAAGCGAUCCCCGAAUUUCCCUUUUAUCAGCAGAACUGGUUCAUCGCUCUCCUCUUCUUGAUGGCUCUGGGAUUCUUCUGCCUUGCUCUCUUCCUUUACCUGAGCCUUGAUCCCGAUUUCGGCUACACCUCCGCUUCCGCCGCACCUUCCGGUAAAGAAGGCGUCGAGAUAACUUAUGGGAGUGCGAUUAAGCUUAUGAAAUGAUGCUGUACAGAAGGCGUCGAGGUAUUGAUAACUUCAGUAAGAUGAGAGCUUAUUUGAAGCUGGGUGAUUCCAAAGGAGAUGAGGUUCCUGAAGAUACCAUCAAAGCUGUUGCUGAUACUCUCCGUACCUCUUCUGCUCUCAAGGUUUCUGAAGAUGGGAAGAAGGUUGGUAGGAGUACAGAGUUGUUGAAGCUUGAAGAUUUGAUUGAACAGCUUAACGCUAGAACUGUAGCUGCUUCACCGUUCUCGUACGAUGUUAAAAGGGAAGACGUGGAAGCCUUUUUCAGUCAGUACGGAAAGGUUAAUAGUGUGAGGAUGCCUCGUCAUGUAGCAGAGACGAGAGUGUUUUGUGGUGUUGCCUUGGUUGAGUUCCCUACUGAAGAGGAUGCUCAGAAUGUUAUGAAGCAAAGUUUGGUUUUUGCUGGGCUUGAGUUGGAGAUGAAACCAAAGAAAGAGUUUGAUGAUGAUAGAGAGAAAGAUGAAGAAAAGUUUGCUAACUACCGUCCUCAAAAGGCUUCUGCAAAUCAGAAGAACGGUUCUGAACAUAGGAACGGUUCUGAAUCCGAGGCAAACUAUCCCAAGGGUUUGAGUCUGACCACAGUCACUUGCAUGCAUCCCCUAUUUCAGGCAACUUAGAGGUUUGUAUUCCCUCAUCUGCUGAGCAUGGAUGUAAAAGAUCUGUCUUAAGAGUUUUUUAAAACAAUUGGACACUAUAAACAGCUACUACUUCCAGGAUGUUGAUUUAGAGAGCUAGUAGUAUGUGGAUUCUGAAGUUCUGUGCCGGUUUCAAUAUGUAGUUGCAUUCUCUUUAUUGCUAACCCAUUUUCUUUGUUCAGGUUAGCUGCUUUGGAGAUGAUUCAAAUUCCGACACUGGGGAUCACUGGAAGUAAUAAUACGAAUAGUUAUUUCAUAUUUGAUCUAAUUUAUUUAGUCUAUCUACAUCCAUCUAAAAACAAACAAAACUUACCAUUGCUCAUAGGUUUACAAUCGAAGGUAGUGGAAAGACAUGGAAACAAGACCAAAGAGUCAGGCUUCAACACAUUGACACUAGUGCCUACCUCCAUAGCCAUAAUACAAGAAUCAGGCUUCAACACAUUUAAUAUUUUUUAAUUCUUAAGGAUUCCAUAUUGGGUAACACCAUUGCACAUACAUUUUAGAGUAAAGUUCUUAACUAUUCAAAAAGCAAAAAAAAAUUAUAUUAUAUUGCUAAGGACUCCAAUGGUGGGUAACACCAUUGGAGUUGCUCUAAUCAU